AUGAAGCUUCUCGACAUGCGCUUGCCCGCCCUCGUGGCGCUGGCCACGCUCGCGUCGGUGGCCUUGAGCGAACACACGAGCAACUGGGCCGUGCUGGUGUGCACGUCGCGGUUCUGGUUCAACUACCGCCACCUCGCCAACGUGCUGUCCAUGUACCGGACCGUGAAGAGACUGGGCAUCCCAGACUCGCAGAUCAUACUGAUGCUACCGGACGACAUGGCGUGCAACCCGCGCAACGCGUUCCCCGGAACGGUGUACAGCAAUUCGGAUCGUGCAGUGGACCUGUACGGCGACAACAUCGAAGUCGACUAUCGCGGGUACGAGGUGACGGUGGAGAACUUCAUCCGGCUGCUGACGGACCGCGUGGGCGCCGAGAUGCCGCGCAGCAAGCGGCUGUUGACGGACGACCGGAGCAAUAUCCUGGUGUACAUGACGGGCCACGGGGGCAACGAGUUCCUCAAGUUCCAGGACGCCGAGGAGAUUGGCGCGUACGAUCUCGCCGACGCGUUUGAGCAGAUGUGGGAGAAGAAGAGAUACCACGAGAUUCUCUUCAUGAUCGACACCUGCCAGGCAAACACCAUGUACAGCAGGCUGUACUCACCAAACAUCAUUGCGACCGGCUCCUCCGAGCUGGACCAGUCCUCGUACUCGCACCACGCCGACAACGACGUCGGUGUCGCCGUCAUCGACCGCUAUACCUACUACAACCUCGAAUUCCUGGAGAGCCAAGUCCAGGACCUGAACAGCCCCAAGACGGUCGGCGACCUGUUCGACAGCUACGACUACGAAAAGAUUCACUCCAACGCGGGUGUGCGAUACGAUCUGUUCCCCGGCGGGGCGGACGCGGCCCGCAGUAGGCUCAUCACCGACUUCUUUGGCAAUAUCCAGAACGUCGAGGUGGACCGCGCCAAGGACUCGGCGCUGGAGGAGCAGCUUCUGGAGCUAAGCAAGACGAUAUCCUUGUUGAGAGAGCGGGAGGCUGAGGAGGUUGGGCCGCAGAAGAACGUGACUUCUGUGCCCGCGAGCGUACCGACGGAACCCGUCAAACGGGUCCAGGGCGCGACGGCACUGACGGACGAUAACUGGUGGACCAAGAAGGUUCUUCGUCCGCUGGAGAGUCUGUAUUUCAGAUUCCGGCCCCUCACGCCACACGCCCUGUCGUGGUCUUGUGACGCGGAGCUGGCCGUCGCCCUCGACGACUCUAUCCACGUCUUCCUCCCAGACUUCCCCACGAGUGUCGGCCGCGACGAUGCCGGCACCGGAAAGGGCAGCGAUGUGGCCCACCCGCAGUUCUCCAUGGCACUGCACGCCGCGGGCCUCAUUCAGCCCGACCCGUCCAUCAACUCCAAGCUCUGCGCCUCGGCGGGCGUCAAGACCCUGGGCGCGCGCGUCAGCGAGGACUUCAAGCUCCAUGGCGUGGGAGGCGGGCCGGUGACGGGCGCGGGCGCGGCGGUGGGCCAAGUCGUGCGCGUGGAAUGGUCGCCUGGUGGGCUGGGCCAUAGUCUGCGCCCGGUCCUCGCGGCCCUGACGACGAGCGGCAGCGUGGUGGUGCUGGGGGAGCACAUCGACACGAGCUCGACCAUCAACGCCAGCGCCACGGCGCGCACGUUUCGCAACUGGAAGAUUCUGUGGGGGAUCGGCGCCAGGAUGCCCGUCCCUGAUGCUCGCGGCGGCGGCGGCGGCAGGGACGGCGUCCGAGACAUGAAGGAGAGGAUCGUGUCGUUUUCGUGGGCGAAGGAGGUGGCGUCGGGGCGGGCGCUGCUGGCCUAUGUCAACCACCACAGAGAAGUCGUCAUUAUGAGCGUGCAGCUCUGUCCCGGUACGCAGGGACCUGGUGCCUCCGGUGAAGAGUAUGCGUGGAGGCUCGCGGAGCUGGCUCGAUUUGACGGCAGCGGUCCUCACAGGGGCACGGAGACAAGCGAAGCCGACUUUGUACCCAGCGGGAGCGCAUUUGGCCUGAGAUGGAGCCCGUGGUAUGUGAAGUCAGGUUCUCGGACAGCAACCCUGGCGUACAUUGCGCGAGAUCACGUCGGCUUCCGCAGGGUUACGAUUCAGGGCGACUGGGAGGCUGGACACGACCCGGUGCUUGAGGUCGAGGCAGCGGACACGACGGGGAUAUGCAUGCCGCUCUCUACAGAUGCCCUCGUCGAGUGGGAAGAUGCUAUUUGGCCAGACGGCGAGAAGCGAAUGGCGCGAGGCAUCAUCGCCACGCCAUUCGUGCCGAAGCCGUUCCAGGUGGACCUCUGCGGCAGCGUGAGCCGCAUCGCGCGUCACUCUGUAGAAGAAUGCUCGAGUCUGUACGCCAGCGAAGACGAGGCAUCGACCAACCCCAUCACCGGUCUCGUCGUCCACCGGCCCAACCCGGCCGAGAAGCCGCCCGCACCGCGAUACUCCAUCGUGAGGCUCUCCGCCACCGCCACCAACCAGGACUGGUACCAGACCAACGUGCCCGAGGGCGAGAUGCCGCUGCCGCAGUGGGCGGAGCGGGUCCGGCGGCUCACGCUGCGGACGGGCUCGCGCGUCGCCGUCAUGCAGGGCGACUACUCGGACCCGGAGUCCGACGAGGACGAAGAAGUGGCGGACGGUGAUGAUGACUACGGCGACGACGGAGAGCCGCUCUCCAGGGUGCACCCGCACCGGUUCCGCUUCUGGGGCCUCGCCGCGUCGCCCGGGGACGGCACCACGGCGGCGCUCGUGACGAGGCAUAACACGCUGCAUGCGCACCGCCGGGCGAGGUCUAGCGUCUUCUUCGGCUGGCAUGACGACGCGAGCGGUGACGCUGCUCCGAGUGAAGCACGGGCGGGGACAGGGGCAGUACGUGGUGUGGCACCCGAGGGCCUGACGACGGAGGGCCGCCUCUGGGAGGCCGUGUACGGCGGCAAGGGCGACGUCGAGAGCAUCCUGCCCUCCUCCUCAGACGGCGACGACGGCACGGCAGCCCCGUCCGCGCCGCUGAGCACCGCGCCGCUGCACGACCUCUUCCGGGACGUGGCCCCGCGGCAGAAAUGCGUAUUUUGCGAUACGAAGCUGACCGCGCUGGGCAAGGAGGCCCGGUGCGAAAGCGGGCACACGUUUGCGACAUGCGCCGCCACGGGCCUCGCCAUCAUGGCACCCGGGGUAUCGCGCCAGUGCGCCGUGUGCGGGCUGCGGUGCCUCAAGGUAUCUGAGCUGGCGGCCAUUGCGAGGGAGUAUCUGGGCCCGGAUACGGCCGUGGACUCAACGGGGGACCUGUGUGGUGGCUGUGGCGGCAAGUUUGUGUCUUAG